ACGGAAUGAAAGUACAACAUUUCCUAAGAUACCGAUGACAUUUGUAACAAUACAGAACCAUAUUUUGUGCGUGCCAGUGGCAGUGGCACUGAACUAGUUAGGUGUUAAUUUGAGUACGAUAUAUAUCAGAAUUGAAGAAGCAUUAGUAAAGAAGAUCAAUGGGUAGACGUCCCUGCUGUCCCAAAGAGAUAAACAAAGGUGCAUGGUCUCGUGAAGAAGAUCAAACCCUCUCCAAAUAUGUUGCCAUUCAUGGAGAAGGCAAAUGGCAGAAGGUUGCACAAAAUGCAGGUUUAAAGCGAUGUGGAAAAAGUUGCAGACAAAGAUGGUUGAAUUAUCUCAAGCCUGGUAUAAAAAGAGGUGACAUCUCCGUGGAUGAAGAGGAUUUGAUUAUAAGACUUCAUCCUCUUCUUGGUAACAGAUGGGCAUUGAUAGCAAAGAGGCUACCUGGACGAACAGACAAUGAAAUCAAGAACUAUUGGAACACUAAUCUGUCAAAGAAGUUACAGAAGCAGCCAACAUCAUCAUAUGUUUCAUCUCUUCAGCGCAAACAUCAUGAAGAAGAGACCAAACAAGUGCACGUGGCACCCGAAGCUCCACGUCCUAGGAGAGUUAAGGCAGUUCAACAUAGUAAAAUGUUGGAUAAUGGAGUGUGUGAGAAUUGUACUCCCUCAAAUAAAGUAGAGGGUAGUAGUGAUGAAGCUUCUUUUACUGAUUUCCUCAUUGAUAUUGAUCAAAGCCAUUUGUUGAAUAUUGGUGAUGAUUCCAACUCAAAGGUGCUGCCACAAAUGGAAGAAGAAGACCAUAACAACAUUAACAAUGUAGGCUUAACCAACAGUCCUAGCUCAUCACCACCUUCUGAUCAUUGUCACCAUCUCUUGCCAGAGAAAUUUGACUCUCUGGAAACCCUUUUGGAUGUGGAGCUUAAGAGGAUGGCUUCCUUUCUGGGACUUGAAAAUGAUUGAUCAAUCAAGGGGUUUUCUUUAUUGCAGUAAGAUGAAAAAGGUCGAGGGCUUAGGGAGUGUUAUAUUUAUAUAAAUUCCAUCUAUAUAUGGAAAGCCUAACUAAGCAUCUAGCUAGCUAGAUUUAUAAAUCCAGGGUUUCUUCUAUGUUUCUCUCUCUCUUUUUUCUUUUUCUUUUUCCCUCUCACGUACCAAUCCUUAUGUUCAUCCAAAAUCAAUAACAUUAUUUCAGCCAGAUAGUGCAAUCUACUUUUAA